CUCGCGAGUCCGUGUGUGUAUUCUGCUGCUGCUGUGUGGUACACGCGCCCCGCUGCUGCUGCGAGCGCGACUCACUCACUCGCGACGGGGCUUUCGGAUUUCAAACGCGCGCGUCGACGACGACGACGACAACUCGACGAUCCGACGAUUUGACAGAGAGAGAGAGAGAGAGAAAGAAAGAGCAGCAGCCGACGACACGAGCUCUCUCAGUUCCGUGAUACUCGCCGAUCGGAAUUGUUGCUGCUGGCUGCGCUUUAUAUGAUAUUGUGUGUUUUCGAAGCGCCGCUGCCGAUUUUUCCCCUGUGCUCGGCAGAGUUUUUUACUCCGAUAGUGUGCUUCAGUUGCCAUCGGUGUGUUAUCGAUUGUGGUGUUUCGUUUGUGGUGAUAGCGAAUAAAUUUUGAAAGUUCGUGCUUCGAUCGAUUCGACUGGGGGCGAUUUCGAAGUGACAAAAAAGAAUAAAACGUUUCGCCGAGAUAACGAGAGAAGAAAAAAAGAAGAGUCAAUCUCCAUCGACUGAUUUGGCUUCACCGUAUAAGACAAUCGGUUCGAUAUCUUUACAACUACCGUACCAACUAUAUUCUAAGGAAUCGGAAGCUCGAUAAGAACCGUCUCUAUAUUUGCUUCCGAUUAGAUAUUUGAAAACCGAAGAAAAUGUCUAACGAAACCACAUCUGACGAGGAAUCAAUUCAAGAGGAUCCGCCAAGAUAUGAAAUUGACGAUCUUGACAUUGUCAAGACCAUCGGUACGGGAACGUUCGGCAGAGUCGUUCUAUGCCAGCAUCGAGGUAAACCAUUGGCAUUGAAAAUCUUAACCAUGGUCGACGUCAUUCGACUCAAGCAGGUGGAUCACGUACACAAUGAAAUCUCAGUCCUCAAAGAAGUCAAGCAUCCCUUCAUAGUCAACAUGCUUUGGAGCGGCAAGGACGACGCUCGGAUUUACAUGUUAAUGGAAUUCGUUGCCGGUGGAGAAUUGUUUACUUAUCUACGAUCAGCGGGAAGAUUCUCCACCAGCACGAGCUGCUUUUACGCCGCCGAAAUUGUGAGCGCGUUAGCGUAUCUGCACAACAAACACAUAGUUUAUAGGGACCUAAAACCGGAAAAUCUAUUGUUGGACAGUCAAGGCCAUCUGAAGAUUACCGAUUUUGGAUUUUCAAAGAAGCUGAUCGACAGCCGAACUUGGACUCUGUGUGGCACACCGGAAUAUUUGGCUCCUGAAAUAAUUCUAAGUAAAGGUCACAACAAAGCAGUUGAUUGGUGGGCUCUUGGAAUACUAAUAUACGAGAUGCUCUCUGGUUUUCCACCCUUCUUCGACGACAAUCCGUUUGGAAUUUAUGAAAAAAUCCUCGGAGGAAGAAUAGAAUGGCCAAAACACAUCGAUCCAGUUGCCAAGGAUCUAAUAAAAAAGUUACUCGUAGCUGACAGGACAAAACGACUGGGAAAUAUGAGACAAGGCGUGGAAGAUAUCAAAAGACAUCGAUGGUUCAAACACGUCGACUGGAGUAUGGUACGACUGAGACGCAUGAUACCUCCAAUUAAUCCGAAAAUAAAAGCCCCAGAUGACGCAAGCUGUUUUGACGAUUAUCCGGAGACAGAUUGGCGUUCACAGCCACCUAUACCACCUGAGCAAUUGGCUUUAUUUCAAGACUUUUGACGAUACGUUUAUGCGUAAAUAACUAUAAUUAAUUUGUAAAACUUUGAGUACAAAAUGGUGUAAAAUCACUUCGAAUCGUAUUUGCGGAACGAGAAUCGCAAAAACAAUUUAUAUUUUGAUACUAUUUAAAAAUUGUGUAGAAUAUUGGGAAAAUUGACUAGUCAACUGAAUGAUUAUGAAAGUUUGAAAACUUACCUGAAAUAUCAGCUAUUUUUAGGUACUUUUACAAAGCGUUUUUGUUGAUGUUAUGUUUUCGGAGACGCGACAGUGUUGACCACAUUUUUAUUGCGGUAACUCGUUAGUAUUUUGUUAUAUUACUUUUGUACAUAGAUCGUUAACUAUAGUUAUUCAUUGUGAAUGAUUAUUGAGAUAAACUAAAUAUAUAUUUUUUUAACUUACGCGUAUAGUCAAGAUAAAAUAUCUUUCAAACUCGUAAUAAAAGUGAUAAUAAAAAUAGGAAAUACAAUAAAGUAACUGAAUUAAGUAUUAUACAAUUAUUGAAUAAUAGUAUAAUAGCUGAUUAAAAUCUCAAUGCAUAUAUUAAAUAAUGAUUUGUUAAGUUUUUUUAAAUAUAUUCACAUCUGCUGUUAAAAAAGUUAAGGUUGAUUCUACUUUACCGAUAAUAAAUAAGUGUUAGAAUAUUUUAUUUUAUAAUAUAUAACAUGUUACAAUCGACUUAUAACUACCUAAAGAAUUUAUUAAAUAAAUUUGAAUAAAAUUGAGUAAAGUUA